GACUAACGUGUACGAAACGAUAUUAACAACAACAACACACUGUAAACGCACAAUAGAGAACAGUAUCUCCGCAGCAAUGGUGAUGUCCGUACCCGUCUGUGGCAUUGGCGCACGUUCACCGUACCGGUUUUGUGUGUUUCAUCACACUUUCUACCGGACUCGCUUUCUAAACAACACAUCGCAGACGUGUGGGGCGGCAAACGCACUAUGAGCGCGGUGCCGAGAACCGCUGAAUUCCACUGCGGUGAUGGAACGCGUCCGCACGCGUAAUACCUAACCGGUCCUCUCGCCGUUACCUGUUGUUCAGCCGUUAUCAAAACGUUUGCCCCCCGACCGUUGGGUUCGAGAACGUUUUUUUUUGUUUCACCGAGACGACGGUCCGCGUUUGGACCCGAUGGAGUGCACCGCAGUAAACGUGAUGACGUCGCCCGACGAAACCGAAACGGCCAAACAGCGGGUAAGGACGAUUUUGGAAGAAGGCUGUAACGUGCCUGUAGAAAGAAAACGGCCCAGGGACCUACCCGAAUGGUUUGACGAGCAGUUGUUCGUCAGAGCUCAAAAACAUUUUUUCGCCAACUUCUACUCGAUGUUCGUAGGCAAACUGAUAGGUCUGAUUUUAGUGUUGACCGUACCAACAAUUCUGGACGUGCUCGUACUCACAAACAAAUCUUCAGAUUCGUAUAGCGCCUUCAGAAGAUACUUGGACACCAUCAGGCACAUGGUCCGGUGGUACGGAUACGACGUUGGAGAUCUGAAAUCCAAAUCUCAAAAAUCCGUGAAUACAGUGCACAGUUUCCACUGCACUGCCAGUAGAUUGUCCGAAAAAACCGGCCUGGGAGUGCGAGUAUCGCAAAAAGACAUGGCUCUCACCCAAUUCGGGUUCAUGGGCCUGAUGGUGCUCAGGAAGAAGGAAUUAGCCAUUGUAGGCUCAGAAGAAGACGAAUUUGCUAUUGUCCACUUUUGGCGAACCAUCGGCUAUAUGCUUGGCAUCCAAGACAAGUACAACCUGUGCCAGGGCACGUUGGAAGAGGUUCGCGGCGUAUGUGCCGUGGUGCUGGACGACGUGUACGCCCCCGGACUUAAGCAGCCGCCCAAAGGGUUUCAACGAAUGCUGGAAUCGCUGUUAGACGGCCUGAAGCCGGUGUCGCCUGUGUUGGACGUGCACGCUUUCAUGAGGUACACCAAGGACCUCUGCGGCGUGUCCAAAGGCGUCGACGAACCUCCUUUGCGCACUUGGUUCAGCCGGUGCAUGUACAACAUCCAGGUGUUCACGCACGAGGUGCUUCUGGCCAAAAGAUGGCUGGCUUGGGUGUUCCGGCCAUUGUUAAAUUACAAUAUGCGAUUUUCCGUUUGGGUCAACGUUAAGUUCCCAUUUGGGGCAGCUAUUAAAUACGGUACCAAAGUAUUCGUUAGGGUCCAGCCAGAGCGGCCGGCCACCUACUCGUAAAGGUCAAACCCGCAGGCAAGUCCGACGUUCGUUGGACCUAACCAGAGUGCAAAACAGAGACUGAAGACGACAUUUCGAAUUGUUGUCAAACAACAGAGUUUUUUUUUUUUU